AUGGAAUUAAGAGAAGAGCUAGAAGGAAUACUUAAUCAAGAAGAGUUACUAUGGAAGCAAAAAUCAAGAUGCGACUGGCUCAAAAUGAGAGACAGAAAUACAAAAUUCUUUCAUGGUCGAACACUCUACAGAUGGAAGAUUAAUCGUAUCGAUGCUUUACGUAAAGCAAAUGGGGAAUGGCUUUUUGAGCCCAAUGAAAUCCAAGCAGAAGAAACAAAUUUUUUCCAAAAACUCUGUGGAGAAGAACCUGAUGAGAAGAGCGUUUUGCCGCCCAAUUACUUUUCCUGUUUAGAUCAAGUAGACAUUGAUUUUCUAGAGAAAGAUGUAUCAAAUGAAGAAAUCAAAACAACACUAUUUGAUUUGGCCCCUUUAAAAGCACCAGGAAGUGAUGGAUAUCAUGCCUAUUUUUUCCAAAAUCAGUGGGGCAAUAUUGGAGACUCAGUCAGUAAAUGGGUUAAAAGUAUAUUUAGAGGAAGAACCAUUGAGCCUGAAUUAAACAAUACACUUAUAGUGCUUGUCGAAACCAUUUUUUAA